AUGAGGUUCUCAACACGUUCCAGCGUGCCGUUCGCGCUCCUUGCGCUAGCGGCGACUUCAUCCGCAGAAGAAGCGCUGUACAGCCGACGGAUGGCAAAGCGAGGUCUUGAUGCUCAAGGCAAUUACAACAUUUCCUUCUUCCACAUCAACGAUGUCCACGCUCAUCUGGACGAGUUCAGCUCAUCAGGCACAGACUGCACAAAGCCAGAGCGUGGCUGCUACGGUGGCUAUUCCCGCGUCAAGACCGUUAUUGAGGAGCAACGACCGAAGUACAACGACAGUCUCUGGCUCAAUGUUGGCGAUGAGUUCCAAGGAACGCUAUUCUACUCUUUCUAUGGAGGAGAGAAAAUUGCACAGACGCUCAAUCAAUUGGAAUUUGACGCCAUGACUCUCGGAAACCACGAGUUUGAUGGUGGUGAGGACAAGCUUGGAGAUUUUUUGCAGAACUUGACGUUCCCUAUCGUCUGCGCGAAUUUGAAGUCCGCCAACGAGAAAGUGGCGAGCAAGGUUAAGCCAUACCACAUCUUCGAGGACAAGGGCGUGGCAAUUAUCGGUGUUACAACCGAAGAGAUUCCAAGUCUCGCGAAUCCCGAUGAAGGCACUACAUUUUCUGAUGUUGUCGAGUCUGUGCAAAAUGCCAUUGACGAGAUCAAGUCCACAACCAACAUCACUAGGAUCGCGGCUAUCACCCAUAUCGGCUACGAAGAAGAUCAGAAGCUAGCCAAGGCGACCACCGGUCUUCAGCUAAUCAUGGGAGGUCACAGCCACACCCUCCUUGGUGACAUGCCCAAAGCGCUGGGCAAGUACCCCACGAUUGUCGACAACAAAGACGGCGACGAAGUUUUCAUUGUCACAGCUUACCGAUGGGGCGAGUAUGUUGGCUACAUCGAUGUCACUUACGACACCAAGGGCAAGAUUCUUGCUUACCAUGGCGCACCCAUCCACCUCACCAACACCACUAAGCAGGAGCCCAAACUCCAGGCGCAGGUUAAAGAAUGGCGCGGCCCUUUCGAAGCCUUCGCUUCGGAGGUGCUUGGCAAGAGCGAGGUUGAGCUUGACCAGACCGGCUGCCAGAAAGGAGAGUGCUUACUCGGCGACUUCAUGUCGGAUGCUAUGCUGGAUUACCGUAAGAAGAACACCCAGGAUGUCGACUUCGCCAUCAUUAACGCUGGUGGUGUGCGUGCCACCAUCGAUGAAGGUGACAUCACCCGUGGCGAAGUUCUUACCUCUUUCCCCUUCGGAAACGCCAUUGUCCAGAUCGCUUUGACUGGCAAACAAAUCUGGGAGGCUCUCGAGGGAAUUGUCACCGGUGUCAGCGUUACAAACGGCAAGCCUGUCACCUCAUUCUUCCAGGUCAGCAAGGGCAUCAAGGUUGAAUACAACCCGAAAGCUUCCAAUGGCACUAGACUGGUUUCUGUGACCAUCAGCGAUAAGUCAUUGGUAAACACCACAACCUACCAGGUGGUAACUCUCGACUUCAUUGCUGGCGGCGGAGACAAUUUCUUCAACCCCAUCACGGAUUUUAUCAGUCUCGAUACCCAGGACGAAGUUCUCACAGAUUACAUCAAGUCACAAUCUCCAGUCAAGAUUAGCCUCGACAAGCGUAUCGAAGCUGUUGACCGUCAAAGGCCUAGCACACCUGGAGGUGGUAACGGAACGACGAAUGGCACUGCGCCUAGUUCUGGAAGCCCACCCGCUGCAACCGGUGCGGCAGCACGCCUCAGUGCAAGUGCUGUCAGCGCCAGUAUUCUGGGAGCUGUUGCUGGCCUUUUCAUGUUGUAA